UGCGAUACCAUCGGCUAGAGAUUUUGAACGAGCUGGGAUUGUUUCGUGAUUUUCACGAACGCUACGGAAUUGUUUUCCCACGUUCAAUAUUUACUCUGGACAUUUUCACUAUGGAGGAAGUCUACUUCGAACAGAACGAUGACGAUGGUCCACCGGAGUUGGACGGGGACACUGUCGAGUACGUUGAGGAAGCUGACCUGAUCAGCGAGUCAGCGGUGGACGAGCGUGACUUUGUAUACAACUGUAACGCCUGCAACAUGACGUUCCACUCGGUGGAGGACCACAUCCGAGUGCAUCACCGGGAGGAGCAGGUUAUGGUAGAAGUGGAGGAAGAGGUAGAAGGCUCAAGAAUCGAUGAGAAAGUGUUUGGCUUUAAGGAGGUUUCUGAUGAAGAUGAAGUUAUUGACGCCGGGAAUGACUUCAAGUGUACCGUUUGUCACACAUUGUUGAAAAAUGCCAGAAGUUUGAAGCUCCACAUGAAAAUGCAUGACCCGAAAAAAAUCGGUGUACACAUCCGGAACCAAUCGGAGAACCACUGUCAACCGUGUAAUCGCUCCUUCAGCGAUUCCAAACAUUUCCUGCUGCACAUGGCUGGCCAUGAAAAUAACGAGUUCGAGACGGAACAACCCGAUCCCGGGAUAUCCGCAGAGAAUAACUCCGAAGGAUACCCGUGCAGUUACUGCGGGAAGCGGUUCAAGCGGCCCUACGAAAAAGUUAAACACGAACGUGUCCACUCAGGAGAGCGGCCCUACUCUUGCGAGGUUUGUGGAAAGCGAUUCCGGGUGUCCAGCUGUUUGGCGGUGCACCGGCGCACCCACGACGACACGCGUCCGUUUGUUUGUCCGCACUGUAAGAAGAGCUUCAAAAUCCCGUCCGUCUACAACCACCACCUGAAAACGCACUCGGACGCCCGUCCCUACCAGUGUCCACUUUGCCCGAAGGCGUUCAAAACGGCCGUUUCCCUGCACGGCCACCGGAAAACCCACACCAAGCCCUUUCCCUGCGGUGAGUGUGGUCGCCCCUUUGGUUCACUCUAUCAGGCGCGGAAACACGUGGAGCAGGUUCAUCAUGGAAGCGGCGGUGGUAAAGCAAGUCACGGGUGUGGCAUUUGUGGCGCCGUUUAUGGACGCGCUGCCGCGCUGAAGGAGCAUCUGCGGGAUGUGCAUGGAACGAUGGAGGUUGUUGAGGAGGAGUGUAUCGUGAUGGAGGAGGAAGUUGAUUGUGAAUAAAACAGUUUUGAGAUUAUUAUUUUUUUGUCUAA